AUGGUCGUUGAAUCACUCACAGAGGCUAUCGCCCCGGCAGGCAUUCAAGCGAGGCUUGUCGCAACGAGAACAUUCGAUAUCACGCUGCCACAUGCCGAGAAGACCAAUGGAAAUGUUGUCCCUCUCAAGCAUCCAGCAAAGAGCAAAGUCGAUUUUGGUGCUGAAGUCUACGGGAUAGACUUGAACAAUCUGAGCGAUGCUGACUUCAACUUCAUCUCCGAUGCACUACAUAAAUACAAAGUCCUGAUUUUCAAAGAGCAGCCGAAAAUGCUCGAGCCUCAAAGUCAAUACUUAUUGACCGCAAACUUUGACCCUGAGGAGACCACCGGAGGCUUCGCACACGGCGCUGACCCGUACCUCACUUCUUACAACAACGUCAAUAUCUACGGCAUCCAGAGUCGACCUGCAAUCCCUGUCCAGCCCCAAGUCCAUAUUCUCGGACGAGGCGAGGUGCCCGAGAGUCAUUAUCAAUUCCCUCCAGGAUUCAAGAUCAAGGGCAUCGAUCAUCACGAGUUCCAUCUUCCUCCUCAUAUUUCUAAGGAGGAGCGAGAACAAGGCUCCAGUAGAUUCUACCAGUGGCACUGGGACGGAGCACUGUACAACAUCCCACCUCCUAGAGUUGGCUGCUUACUAGCUGUGCGAACUCCUCGUGGCCCUGACGUGACUGUUCGAUGGGAUGAUGGGACAGGGACGGAGAUGAAAAUUCCUCCCGGGGCCACAGCUUAUGUUGCGGGAUCUAGAGCCCUUGAGCUCCUCGAUGAUGAGACAAGAGGGCUGGCGUACCACAGUAGGAUAGAGUACGCACCGCACGCCUUCAAGUGGAUGUCAACGGCCCAUAGCGCUAGACUCGGCCAUAUCCUUGAGACUGAGGGACUAGAACUACCACGUUCGAAGCUCCCUCCUGUCGACAGAAGCAAGAUCUGCAUUUAUCCAAUGGUAUGGACAAACCCCAAAACAGGUGAAAAGUCGUUGCAGGUUCAUGGCCAAGGAGCUGUUAAGCUUUACCUCAAAAGUAGCCUUGAGGGAGAAGAGAAAAUUAUCGACGACUUGAAGCAAGUCAGGGAUUUCAUGCACAAGUACGUCUUUUCUGUAAGUGCUCUCUCAUGUCCUGUUCGUUGA